UUAUUAUACCAGAGUAGUGAAGAUUACCGUAGAACCAUGUCGUGUCUGUUAUUUGCGUGUUUUGCAAGUGUUUUGUUUGUCAAUAAUGUUGUCGAAGCUUCCAGAAUUCUUGCUUACUAUCCAACACCAUCUAUAAGUCAUCAAGUAGUUUUCAGACCUCUCAGUCUGGAACUAGCUAGAAGAGGACAUGAAGUAGUCGUCAUAACCCCAGAUCCUAUGUUCCCAAAUGGAACUGCACCAGAAAAUCUAACAGAAAUAGAUGUGCAUGAUCUCUCAUACAAUACAUGGAGAAAGUUGAUUCAGAAAUAUGAAAACAAGAUGGUAAUCAGUCAAUUUGCGUCAAUGUUUAAAUCAAUGAUAUCAUUAAUGGAAGAGCAGGUUAAGACAGAUCCCGUGCAAAAGAUACUUAAAGAUCCAAGACCGUUUGAUCUGAUAAUCGUUGAAGCGAUAGCGGAGUGUACUUUAGGUCUGUCCCACAUAUACAAAGCACCAGUAAUUCAGUUUAGUUCAUUAGCUAGCACUACGAUACCAUUGCAAAUGUUUGGUGCUACUACACAUCCGCUUCUUUAUCCUACAUUUUUUCAUCAUCGAAUCUACAAUCUCACCUUGCGAGAGAAACUCAACGAACUCUACGAUGAACACGUUUACAAUGCGUUGUUUCCAGAAGUAGAAGAAUUUUGUUUGGAUAUGAUGAAACGUGUGUUUAGCCCAGAUGUUCCGACAUUGGGAGAAUUAAGAAAGAAUGUGGAUCUGUAUUUUCUAAAUGUUCAUCCUUUGUGGGAUUUCAAUCGUCCAGUGCCCCCAAAUGUGGUGUACCUUGGUGGGAUGCAUCAGAAGCCAGCAAAAGAUCUGCCAAAGGACCUACAAAAUUACUUAGACUCUUCUAAAAAUGGAGUCAUAUACGUCAGUUUUGGUUCAAACGUAGAACCAGCAUUGUUCCCGCCCGAAAAAAUACAAACGCUAGUGGACGUAUUCUCAAAAUUGCCAUACGAUAUUUUAUGGAAAUGGAACCAAGACGAACUACCUGGACGCACUCCAAAUAUUAGAAUUUCAAAAUGGUUUCCACAACCUGAUCUUCUGAGACAUCCAAAGAUUAAACUAUUCGUAACCCAGUGUGGGCUUCAGUCCACGGAUGAAGCCAUCACAGCUGGUGUUCCUCUUCUUGGAAUGCCAGUAUUUGGAGACCAGGAAUUCAAUGCUGAACAGUAUUUACAUUACGGCAUUGGCGUCAGAGUUGAUUUGGAAACCGUAACUGAAGACAAACUAAAUGAAGGGAUCAAUAAGAUUCUGAAAGAUGAUUCCUACCGUAACAACAUAGUGCGACUUCGCACCAUAAUGCGCGAUCAACCUCAGACUCCACUAGAGCGCGCGGUCUGGUGGACAGAGUACACCAUACGUCACUCUGGAGCACGUCACUUGCGAACACCUGCAGCGAACAUCUCUUUGGCAGAAUACUAUGAGUUAGAAUUAGUAAUAACUGUGUUAUUUGUUGUAGGACUAGCACUUGGCGUAGUUAUAGGAGUGCUAAGGUAUACUUAUGUGAAGUUAUUCAGAGUUACACUUAAAGUUAAGAAGAAUUGAUGUAUGUAAUUGUUGUUUUUUGUUCAAAUGUUAAAAGUUCAUUAGUUACGGUUCAAAUAUAAAAAGAUUGAUUAUUCAAUGAGAGGAAUAUAAAGGUGUUUUAAUAAAUACAGUGCAGUGCA